CUGGUGUUAUUAUGUCAUUAAGAGCUUUGCCGUUGGCGUUUGAAGACAAUUCACUUCUGGGACCUCCGCGUGGGCGUUAUCUGCUUUCCUACAGAAAUCCUUUCAGUGUCAAGGGUCCUUCCUCUCCAACGUAUAGCUCUGUUACCCCGCUCACAGCGUUUGAACCGAAGGCGAAACCACAGCUCUGAGAAACCCCGCGAAGCUGCGGAGCUAGCAGGAAAAACGUGAUCUCGCUCAGCCCCCAGCGCCUGCCUCUGCUCGCUUCCUGCAAGCGGCAGCCGCCCCGGGCCCCAAGCACCCAGCGUUGCUCCGAGGCCGGUCCCGCGGGCGGCAGCAGCUUCACAGGGCCCCGAGGCAGGCCCUUUGCUCGCCUCCCCUCCCCUCGCCUCGCCCCCGAGCCCAGAACAGCCGCCGCGGCCCCGCCCGCCGCCUCACAGCGCUGCUCCAUCGCACCAUGAAGACCCUCCUGAAGUGGCUGCUGGGGCUCCUGGGGGUUGCCGUUGUCAUCACGGUCAUCGCCGUGCCCGUGGCUCUGCUCACCGGCAAAAGUACUGAUUCACGAAAAACAUACACUCUAGAGAAUUACCUGAACAGUGACUAUCAGUACACAACACAUGAUUUGCAGUGGAUUUCAGGAAAUCAGUAUCUUCACAAAACAGCUAAUGGGGACAUCCAACUUUUCGAUGCUGCUACAGGAACAUCUUCCGUAAUCUUGUCAAAUACAACAUUAGACAAGUACAAAGCAACCACAGUUAUAUUGUCCCCUGACCAAAGGUUUGCUCUUCUGCAGUACAGCUAUACAAAGUUGUGGAGGCAUUCCUACACAGCUUCAUAUUACAUCUAUGAUUUCAAUACAAGUUCCAUCGUAGAUGAAACACUACUGCACAAUAAUACACAAUAUAUUUCCUGGUCUCCUGUUGGUCACAAACUGGCAUAUGUUUGGAAUAAUAAUAUUUAUAUAAAAGCUUCACCAACAGCAGCACCUGUGCAAAUCACUAGCGAUGGAGAAGAAAAUAAAAUUUUCAAUGGAAUACCAGAUUGGGUUUAUGAAGAGGAAAUGUUUGGCACGCAUUCUGCUCUGUGGUGGUCUCCAAAUGGCAAUUCUGUGGCAUAUGCAAGAUUUAAUGAUACAGAAGUUCCUGUUAUAGAGUAUUCCUUUUAUUCUGAAGACACCUUGCAGUAUCCAAAGACUAUUCGAAUUCCAUAUCCCAAGGCAGGAGCUAAAAAUCCAACAGUGCAAUUCUUCAUUGUGAAUACGCUGGUUCCUAGUUUUGACUCUGUUGAAAUUUCUCCACCUGAAGAAAUAAGAUCAGGGGAUCAUUAUUUGAGCGUUGUAACGUGGGUGACAGAUGAAAGGAUCUGUUUGCAGUGGCUCAGAAGAAUUCAGAAUUUUUCAGUCCUCACAGUCUGUGACUUUGAAAAUACUACUAGAAAUUGGACAUGUCCACAGGAAAAACAACGUACGGAAGAAAGUACAACUGGCUGGAUUGGCAGAUUUCAGCCAUCUGCCCCUUACUUUGCACCCGACAAUACUACCUACUACAGAGUAUUCAGCAAUGCAGAAGGAUACAAGCAUAUCCAUUACAUAAAUGGCUCAGAGGCUCCGCUACCUAUUACUACAGGAAAAUGGGAAGUGAUCAGCAUAGCAGCUGUAACCAAUAACUUUUUGUACUACAUUAGUAAUGAAAAUGGUGGGGCUCCAGGAGGAAGAAAUCUUUAUAAAGUGCUCUUGGAAAGCAGUCCAAAUCCUACUAAAUGUGUUAGCUGUGAUCUGAAUCAAGAAAGAUGCCAGUAUUAUUCUGUGUCCUUCAGCAAUGAUGCACAGUAUUAUCAGUUAAAUUGUCAUGGUCCUGGCCUGCCCAUGUCUACUCUGCACAGAAGCAGUGAUGACCAAGUCCUCAGGUACUUGGAAAAUAACACUGAACUGGACAAUUCACUGAAAGAUAUUCAGAUGCCUUCAAAAAAAACUGAUUCCAUUACUGUAGGUGGAUACAACUUCUGGUAUCAAAUGAUACUGCCUCCCCAUUUUGAUUCAUCAAAGAAGUACCCUCUGCUCCUUGAAGUGUAUGCAGGACCUUGUAGUCAGAAAGUUGAUUAUGUCUUCCGGAUUAACUGGGCUACAUAUCUUGCAAGUACAGAGCAGAUCAUUGUAGCAACCUUCGAUGGCAGAGGAAGUGGAUACCAAGGGGAUGAAAUCAUGCAUGCAAUAAACCGAAAACUGGGAACCUAUGAAGUGGAAGAUCAAAUUUCAGCAGCCAGAAAAUUUUCUGAAAUGAGCUUUGUUGAUAAGGACAGAAUAGCUAUUUGGGGUUGGUCUUAUGGGGGAUAUGUGACCUCCAUGGUGCUUGGCUCUGGAAGCGGCGUGUUCAAGUGUGGAAUAGCGGUUGCCCCUGUGUCACGUUGGCAAUAUUAUGAUUCAAUAUACACGGAGCGAUACAUGGGCCUUCCUAUAGAAAGUGAUAAUCUGAAAAACUACAAUAGUUCAACAGUAAUGGCCAGAGCUGAAAAAUUCAAGGAAGUUGAGUAUCUCCUUAUUCAUGGAACAGCAGAUGAUAAUGUUCACUUUCAGCAAGCAGCACAGAUAGCCAAAGCUCUUGUGGAAGCUGAAGUGGAUUUUCAGGCAAUGUGGUAUACCGACAAAGACCAUUCCAUCACCGGUCAAGCACAUAAGCAUAUUUAUACUCACAUGAGCCAUUUCAUAAAGCAAUGUUUCUCACUGCCCUAGCACAGGAAUGGCACCAGCAUUUUGGUGGUUAGUCGUGGGUUUUCUCCAUAAAACUCUGUAGUUAAUGGACAAUGAGCCAGUAUAAACUUUGGGAUACCUGAAUAUAUGAUGAAGUGCUAAUUUUUAUAAAGAUUUCUGUUGCUAAGCUACUAUUACUGAUUGCAUUUAAUCAGGUCAUUAACAUCACCAGGAUGUAAGUAAGUUGUAGACUUCCAGCAAGCAUGGUACUUUCUUGAAUCAGUACUUUUUGUUUUGUUAUUUGUCUAAAACUGAAAACCAAAAAAGUUUCUAUGUGGUAUAAUGAAUAGUGAAAAUAACAUCAAAUAGGAAUUGAAAUGAUCAUCACUUGAGGAAUAAAAACAAUGUUUUCCAAAAUAA